AUUUUACCGGUUUCUGUAGCAUUAUUUUACACGCUUUUUCUUUCUCUUUCUCUUUUCUUUUUUUUUAUUUUAUUUUCUUUUAGUAUGGUUCCAAAAGGCUUUAAAAAGAUAACAAGAGUAGCAGGAAAGCAAAUAGAAUAUAUGUCUGAUACGACAAGUUAUCUCUUUUCUAUGAGCAGUCGAAGUCUUGUUUCUGUCUCUAGUUCGAAAGAAGAAACCAUUCCUCAUCCAAGCAAAGACAGUUCUGCUAUGGCCAAUGCACUUUUAUGGACAAAUUUAAUCCCUCCUAUGCCAAUCAUUGCAUCAACAAUGUACCGUCAUUAUGCCAAAGGACCACCUGCCAAAUCUUGGACCCUUGCGACUGAUGUAACCAUAGCUAUCAUUCGAGACUUUCUGCAGAGAUCGAGUAGAUUAACAGUAGAAGAUCUUCAAAAAAUAAGCACGACGAAAAAACUACCUGUACCACAGCAUUUGAAGAGAAUCAAAUUCACCGUGCCGAACUCAUACCGUCAAAGGGCAGGCGAAAUGAUGACCAAACAACUUUCGAAAAUGGAUCAACACUAUAUUGCUUGGAAUUGGGAAAAAGAUAAAGAUACAGCACCACCUCUUAAAGGAGAAUGGCUGCAGGCAAAAGGGAACCCUUUAGAACCGUCCAAAGAAAGCACUAUAUUGUAUUUGCAUGGUGGUGCUUAUUAUUUAGCAUGUUACGGUAUUUACAGACAAUUUCUUUCAAAGAUCAUCAAGUAUUCUAAAGGAAGAACAUGUGCCAUUGAUUACAGAUUAGCUCCUCAGCACCCAUUUCCUGCUGCAGUAGAAGAUGCAUUAGCUACCUAUUUAUAUCUGAUAGAUCCUCCUAAAGACAGUGAAGUAGAACAACCCGUCGAUCCCAAGAAGAUUGUGGUUGCUGGUGACUCAGCGGGUGGAGGACUUACAUUUGCAUUGUUGAUGGCCAUUCGAGAUGCUGGAUUGCCUGCUCCAGCAGGUGCUAUGACACUUUCACCUUGGAUGGAUUUAACACAUUCUUUACCUUCCAUUUUAUCCAAUAUCAUGACAGAUUACUUGCCACCAAUUGGUUUCAAACAUGCUCCCUCUGUUGCUUUAGAUUAUGCUCAACUGCCUGCUCGAGAGAAAGAUGUCGAACUUCUUGAGAAAUUAGCAAAAGAGGCCGAGACAUCUGACAACAAAGAAGAAGCACAAAGACAGUCCAUUGGUCCUUUUGGUGAAUGUGUUCCUCUCAAUGGCUCAGAUAUACAUCGUGUACAAUUCUAUGCAAGCAAUGAAGCACUGAAAGUACCUAUGGUCAGCCCUAUUUUUGAUAGAAAACAACUUCGAGGAUUACCAAGGCUAUUGGUGCAAUGUGGCACUGCAGAAAGAUUACGAGAUGAAUCUAUUUAUUCUGCUCUCCAGGCAUCCAACACAUUUCCUGGCUCAACAAACACAAAAAAUGAACACGAUAAUACCCAAGUGACAUUAGAAAUGUUUACCGAUCAGCCCCAUGUAUUUCAACUUUUGUUCUCGAACAAAAGUACUACUCAAGCACUUAAAAACUUGGGUGCUUUUGUACGUGAUGUUACAAAUUCACCUGUGCCUUUUGAAUACAAAAGAGGAAAUAAUCCUACAAGCUACUUGAUAGAUGAUUCCUUGACUGUCAAACGUAUUUCUCCCGCUGGUCAUGUAUCUGAUACGAAGACUGAACUGUUGAAACAGUUGACAAAAGAAACAUGGCAAGAUUGGGAGAAUAGACUGGCUAGACCUAGUCUUAAACAGCGCAUGGAUGAAGUGGCCUUGGCUUAUGAAGAAUGCACUAAAAAAGCUUUGUCAUCUAUUCCUUAGAAGCUUCUAAAUAAACCUGUCUUUACUAAAAUGUUCAUGUAACAUCAGAC